UCUUUUUUUCUCUUCUCUAUCUCUCUCUCUCUCUCUUUCGAUAUCGACUGUAAAUGGCGUCGGUUUGCGUUAAAAAUGUUGGUACUUCACCGGAUAAGUUAUCGACGGCGAGUUACUCAUGGAAGAGCUCCAAAAUGUCAGUGAUGAGCCGUCGGGAAUCUCCACCGUUGGAUCCGCAGAGGGAAAACGAAGAUCCUGUGGACUUUGAGUUUCUUCUCGAAGAUCCCGUCACAAUGCUAUCAGCCGACGAGCUUUUCUCCGACGGAAAGCUAGUCCCACUAAAAUUUUCCGGCGUAACUAAGCCGGAAGAAAAACCUAUAACGGCGGUCAAGACGGCGGAUAAACCAUGCCGGAGACUAGAGAUGGAUAUCUCCGGCGUCGAUCCUUACCUCUUCUCUCCGAGAGCUCCUCGCUGCACAGUUAGAUGGCGUGAGCUCUUAGGCCUAAAAAGACUCGCCAAAACGCAAGAAGAAGCGUCGUUUUCGUCGUCGUCGUCGUCGCGGUUGUCUUCGUCUACUCCAAACCCCAAAACGGCAUCGUUUAGACAUUUUCUCAACCGGAGCUCCAAAUCCACCGCUCAAACGUCGUCUCCUCCGCCGCCGAUAAAAGACUCAGACAUCUCUGAGUCGUCAACGUCGAUCUCCUCUUCGCGUCUCUCACUCUCUUCGUCGUCUUCCUCCGGCCACGAGCUCGACGACGUCCUUCCAAGACUAUCUUUAGAUCUCGACAAACCAAACGCUGCACCAAACCCGUUCGCUCGGUCACGUGCCCACCACCACCACUUACGAAACCCGAACCAACCGAGGAAGCCACGUCGUCAUUCUCCGGCGGAUGAUUCGACGGAGAGUAUUGAGUCGUCGAGGGGUUUGACGGUGACUGCUGAUAGUCCGAGGCUUAAUGCUUCUGGGAAGAUUGUGUUUCAUGGACUCGAGAGAAGCUCAAGCAGUCCUGGUAACUUCACCGGCGGACCAAGAAUGAAACAUCACCAUGGAAUGCCGAGAUCUCACUCCGCUAAUGUCCGAAUCGCUCCUGUUCUUAAUGUUCCUGUCUCUUCUCUCCGUGGCGGUCCCAAAUCGGGUCUCUUCUUCGGACAGCUUUUCUCUUCUUCUUCUUCUUCUUCGUCGUCUGGAAACAGAGCUCAGUUGCAGCAGAGCAACAACACCAAGAACCAUACCAAUCGAACCAGACUUGAACCGACUAGCGAACUCUAAGAACCGAACCGGAUUCUAAUUGUACCAGCUUCGAUUUAAGGGGUAAUAUGUCUGUUUUGAGUUUUAUCGGGACGAUUUCAUCAGAUGAGUUUAGAUUUGGGUUCGGAAAGUAAAUAAUGAGAAAUAUUUUGAUUUUCCAUAAAUCUAUUUUUUAAAGUUUUUUUAACUUAAGUAGAGCGAGUUGUUCGAUACUGGAAAAACCCAGUCAGUCAUUAAUUUCUGUAGCGAGGCUGUGAGAGUGAGAAGUGCUUCCCAUGUUCAUACAUCGAUUCCGAAGAUAUUACCACAUGUUUUAGAUAAUAUUAAAAAGUUUUGACUCAUUAGCAAUGUACU